AUGAUCAAGAUCAUCCCGUUGUUAGUUGUUUCUCUGCUGGUUGCAAUCACGGCAGCCAUUGACAACCCACACCACGCUGCUUCUAAGUAUCAGUACCAGUACCAGUACGGUGUCAACGAUGGACAAACCGGCGAUCAUAAGUCCCACUGGGAGCACCGGGAUGGUGACCACGUGGAAGGUCAGUACACUGUAGCAGAUGCAGACGGGACGCAUCGAGUAGUGCAAUACAAAGCAGAUCCGACCGUGGGAUUUCAGUUUCAAUGUCCCUCAAGGCCGCCGCAGCCAAUCGACGGCGGCGUCGGAUAUGAAUUGAUUGCCUCUGACCGAGCGACGCGCGCCGCCACCGAAAUAGACAUCAGUUCAUCCACAGCAUUCGUUCUAGUACAUUGUCAUAGCGACAACAUCAACCGCAGGAGAUCCAAAAUGCUUAAAAUUGUUACUUUGGUUGCCUGCCUGGCUAUCGCCGUUUCAGCUGAAUACUACUUAGGAGAGCAUGUGGAACACGAGGAAUACCACUCGCAUCCUAAGUACAAGUUCGAAUACGGCGUAAAGGAUCCACACACCGGUGAUCACAAGAGCCAGUGGGAACAUCGUGACGGAGAUGUAGUAGUUGGAUCAUACACACUGGAUGAAGCCGACGGCACGCACCGUGUAGUGUCCUACAACUCCGACGACCACAACGGAUUCCAGGCUCACGUACAGCGAGUAGGACAUGCCCACCAUCCCCAUGGAGAAAGCUACGCCAACAUCGAUCAGCACCACUAA